GAGUCCCUUUAUUCUAACCUCCUCUCUAGAGAGUUAGGCAACUGCUGCUGUGUUGAUGGCUAGGAGCAUGGGUUCCUAUGAUGUUCCAGAGGGAGUAGACAUUAGAGGGAGAUAUGAUGAGGAGUUUGAUAAAAUUCUCACAAGGGAUGCACUGCAAUUUGUUGCUGAUUUGCAGAGGGAGUUCCGGGGCCAGAUCAGGUACUCAUUGGAGUGUCGCCGGGAGGCGAAGAAGAGGUACAAUUCUGGGGAACUGCCGGGGUUUGAUCCUGCCACAAAGUUCAUUAGGGAAGGAGACUGGUUGUGUGCUCCGGUGCCACCGGCGGUCGAGGACCGGACCGUGGAGAUCACCGGGCCUGUGGACAGGAAGAUGAUCAUCAACGCGCUCAACUGUGGAGCCAAAGUCUUUAUGGCUGACUUUGAGGAUGCACUCUCACCAAGCUGGGAAAACCUGAUGAGAGGCCAGUUUAACCUUAGAGAUGCUGUAAAUGGGACCAUAAGCUUCCAUGACCAAGUCCGGAACAGGGUCUACAAGCUCGGCGGCCAGAUCGCCAAGCUCUUUGUCCGGCCGAGGGGCUGGCACUUGCCGGAGGCCCAUAUCCUCAUCGACGGUGAACCGGCGACCGGCUGCCUCGUGGACUUUGGGCUCUACUUCUUCCACAACCAUGCCUCCUUCCGGGCCACCCAAGGUGCCGGCUUUGGACCUUUCUUCUAUCUCCCCAAGAUGGAGCACUCAAGGGAGGCCAAGAUAUGGAAUUGUGUCUUCGAGAGGGCCGAGAAGUUCGCCGGAAUAGGACAGGGGAGCAUCAGGGCUACGGUCCUGAUCGAGACUCUCCCGGCGGUGUUUCAAAUGAAUGAGAUCCUCUAUGAGCUGAGGGGCCACUCCAUUGGUCUGAAUUGUGGAAGAUGGGACUACAUCUUCAGCUAUGUCAAGACCUUCCAAGCCCACCCAGACCGCCUCCUCCCUGACCGGGUGCAGGUGGGGAUGACUCAGCACUUCAUGCGGAGCUACUCCGACCUCCUCAUCCGCACCUGCCACCGCCGCGGUGUCCACGCCAUGGGCGGCAUGGCGGCGCAGAUUCCGAUCAGAGAUAAUCCGGCAGCCAAUGAAGCAGCCCUGGAGCUGGUGAGGAAUGACAAGCUGCGAGAAGUCCGAGCAGGACAUGAUGGCACAUGGGCUGCUCACCCAGGCCUCAUUCCGGCCAUCUUGGAAGUGUUCGCCAGCAACAUGGGCAACAAGCCCAACCAGAUUCAGACAGCAAAGAGAGAGGAUGCAGACGAUAUCACUGAAGAGGACCUCCUGCGGAGGCCCGGAGGUGUGAGGACGAUGGAGGGCCUCCGGCUGAACACCAGGGUUGGAAUCCAGUACAUCGCAGCCUGGCUUACCGGGACCGGAUCGGUGCCGCUCUACAAUCUCAUGGAGGAUGCAGCGACCGCGGAGAUCAGCAGGGUUCAGAACUGGCAGUGGCUGAAGUAUGGGGUGGUUUUGGAUGGAGAAGGAGUGAAGGUGAGGGUGACAUUGGAUCUGUUUGCAAGAGUCGUGGAAGAAGAGAUGGCGAAGAUUGAGAGGGAGGUCGGAGCAGAGAAGUUCGGCCGUGGCAUGUACAAAGAGGCCUGCGAGAUCUUCACCAAGCAAUGCACUGCUCCAGAACUGGAUGAUUUCCUGACCUUGGAUGCUUACAACAAGAUUGUAGUCCACCACCCCAAGAGUGAAAGGCCUAUUGGCUUAAGCUAUUAGCAGAUCUGAGCUACUCUUGGCGUAUAUAUUGAGGCUGCUUCAUCAAAAAAAGGGACUUAAAGCCAAUUUGUUUAUCUUAAAGUAAGGUUUGUAGCUGUAGAAGUUGUUACAUUACUAGUGCAGAGACAGAGUACUGCCCAUAUCGAAAGAUGUAAAACGUGUGCUUACAAAUUACAAUGAACUAUUUUUAUGUACUAUAAGAUAAUGGAUUGAAGUGAACCUUGUUUUAAAUUUGGAUAAAAUUUAGCUUGCUAUGUUUGGUCAAUUGCGCAUAUAUUUAAUUAUUAAAUGUUUUGGAAAUAAAUUUGCAAUUAGUUGCUUCCACAACCAAACAGGUAUAUGCGCAAUUGCUACAAAUUUCUGGCCAUUGAUUGAUUGUAAUUGUGACUACUUUGAACCUGGUAGAGCCGGGUUAUGGACUCUGACUCUUAGAACCCAACAGGUAAGAGAAAACUUGUGCUAAAUUACAACAUAAUGCUCUAUAUAAAGAACUUUAUAGGUAGAUUGACCCCAGUAAAUAAAAAUAUGAGGUUAACUAGCCUCUUGCUACCAUCACUCCAACCUAAUUCCUGGCACCUAGGGAGCAGCCAUAAAAUCCAACAACCCAGAAGCAAUUCCAAAGCUUCCUCUAAGAUUUCCUUCACCUUGAAAUUUCUUGUAAAAUAUUCUACAUUGUGUUCUCUCCAAAUUAUCCAGCUCAAAAGUUUAACAGUAUGAAUUUAAUUCAUAUCACUUUAUGGAAAUGCCCCACUUAUUGACAUUGCCAAAGGAAUUAGGCAGUUCAAUCAUACAAGAUCUAUAAUCCAUUCAAAAGACUCAAUCACAAGGAAUGUGAAAAAGGAGUGUUCCACUGCGUCACUAAGAAGCAACCCGGACAUAUAAGAAAUUACUUGUUUCUUCUUUGCCUCAAACAUCCAGAUUCUAUUCUUACUUUUGAAAGCUGAAACACGACUUUCUGCACUUUAUGCAGCAACUCCUGAACCAUAUGAUGUGUAAACUCUAAGAAGCAGCCACUGUAUCUUUGAAUAGUCCUCAUCCCAAGGAUCUCUUCCAAAAAGAGAUGUCCAAUCAGUACAAGCUCCCUCAACCCUUCCUAAAGCCAAAUAAUUGACAGCUUUUGCACACUAGGGAGCAAUAACCAAACUAUACCAGGGAAAGGAUCAGCAAGAGGGAUUUAGCUGCAGCAUCUAUUGAACCCAAAGAACAGGACAUCAGAACACCUCAGUCAACCUCAAAUCCAGCCUCCAUCUCCAGGCUAUUCUUACAUUUGUGUUGCCUGUCAAACCUGAUACUAUUAAGAUCAGAUACCAAAUUCAGUUCCCACCUGCAAUGAUUUCUGAACUACUUAUUUUAGACAAAGAUGAAUCACAAAUUCACAAAGUCUAUGUUUCCUUAAGGUUCCGCACCAUUUACCUGAUAGUUUGGAGUUAGUAUCUAAAGCUGUCGAUCCAAAUUCAGCCUUUUUCAACUACAACACCUCUGAUUUAAAAUUAGUCAUAGAUCUACUAUCAGUUUUGAUUGCAUAAUACAAAUUGGCAACCUUUUCAUUCAAAAACAUUUGUCACAUCCACUGGAAUUUCAAAAACGGAGAGGAAAUAGAGUGUCGAUAGAUAAGACAGGCUUAGUAGAAUGCCAAUGGCAAAAACUCAUGCUUUAACACUCUCUUAAUAGUCCAAUGCUCGAUAUAAACUAACAACAACCCUGAGAUGCAUCAGCCACAGGCAGCAAAAUAAAUCCUCUACCAUCCCCCAUACUGAUUCCAGUGUACACGAAAUUUUUUGAGAAUGAUUCACUGACCUAAUAGCAUUUCAGAACUGUCGUAACAAAAACUUUAAUUUUCUUUUUUCUUAGCUCCUUCAUUCUACCAAUAUAUGGCAUGUGAUGUGUGCAAAAAAACAGAAGUUGGACCAACUCUAAUUACUGUUCCACAUUGUCUAGUGAUAAGACAACCCACCUGAAGGAGUAGUUGACAACAAAACAGCAAUUUAAAAGAGACAAAACUGCUAUAUUCCUUCACAUUUAGAGCUUUUCAACCCUUUCUUCCAUAAACACAUUAUAGAUCCAAAGAUGUACAACUAACUUGGUGUAGAAAUAAAAUUCUAGCUACCAGCCUAGCAAUGCAGUCCCCCUAUACAAUUGAGAGGUCAAAUGCCUUGACAACUUGGCAUCCUAGACUAUGACCAUCCUCAUAUAUGAAACACAAGCAAAACUACAGAUAAUAUCAUCAACCAAGUGCCAAUAUAUUUCCUGCUGAAGUUGGAAAUGCAUGAUGUACAUUCCACCCAUCUGGAAAAUCCUAGUUGGCCCUACAAAUGAUUGUUAAUAUUUUCCUAAGCUUCUAUCUUCACAUCUCAAGGUUCGCCGAACCAAUAUCAAGAUCCGUACCGGUCGGGUUCGCCGAACCGGUAUCGAGACCCGUACUGGUCGGCAACCAGUACACUUUGGUAGCGGUUCAGACCAAACCGAACCGAACCGAACCGUCCAGUUCCAUCAAAUUCUGGCCGGUUCCGGCUAGAUCCAAUCAUAACCAUUUUCCACUGCCGAACCAACCUGGUCGGAAACCGGGUCAGCUCGGUUCGGACCGAGCCGACCAGUACGGCUCGGUUCGGGGUGAACCGACCAGUACGGCUCGGUUCGGGGUGAACCGACCAGUACGGCUCGGUUCGGGGUGAACCGACCAGUACGGCUCGGUUCGGGGUGAACCGACCAGUACGGCUCGGUUCAGUAUUCCUUGUCACAUCUACACAUUCACCAUUCUUGGUAUUAUCACAAAUUCAAUAACUCUGCUCUAGAGGAAGUAAAGUUUCGACCUCUUAUUACCUUCCAAAGACAUAAUUUUAACUAUGACGAACUGACAAUAAUUUUAAAUAAUCAUAUGGGGAAAGUUUUAAAAAUUAAAAGCCACAAGAUAA